AGUGCAGCGAUAGUCGCGGUAGAAUUUACCCACACUGGCUUAGCCUUUGCAGAGAACGCUCUUUUCGGGAAAAGAUUUGGCAAUUUAUAUUUACAAAUUGCAGAUAACAACCUCCACUUCUUUGCGAUGUCUGAAAAUAAUGAAGCGUCAGUCGAAAGUAACUGUUUCCGAGGUGGCUUCACGUUGAAGGCCUCACGACUGGGCGGCGCCGUUCUUCGUCCGGCUGUCCUGGCUAAUAGUAGCGGCUCCAACAACAGCUCCACAUCGCCGACCCGCCAUGGUGAAAAGCCAGAGGACGAUGGCCUGCAGAACAAUCCAUUUCUGCGGGAAGCCAAGGACGAGGAUGAGGAAGAGGAUCCGGCCCCGGUGGCCGAGUCUUCCAGCGAAAAAGCAGGCGAUAAAGAUAAGGAAGAGGAGGUCGACGAGCGGCCGGAUCCGCUGACCAAGUUGCGAAGCAACGGCAUUGAACGUUCCAGCAUGUUUGGGGCAGCUAAGACUAACAUGCCCCACGUACAGAGCAGUGGCUAUGUUUUUGGCCAAAACGUACAUGAGCGCGUGGUGGCUCCACUUCCGGAGCAGGCCACCAUUGAGCCGCCGAAGGAGGCUGAGGCAGCCGCAUCCUCGUCUUCCUCCUCCGUUUCCCUAUUUUCAAGUGUCAUCCAGAACGCCGCACAGACCACAGAUUCCAGCGAGGCCGCUGCCUCAUCCUCCAGCUGCAACAGCAGCAACAAUAAUAAAGAGUCUGCUGAGGCCAAGAGCCUGAACGAUGUGGCCCGCGAAUACGAGGAGAGUCGCGCCCAGAAACGAAAGUACGAGGAAGUGGAGACCUUCACCGGCGAGGAGGAUGAGAGCAACAUCGUCGACGUUAGCUGCAAGCUAUUUGCCUUUGUAAACAGCAACUGGGAGGAGCGCGGCCGAGGAAGCCUGCGCCUUAACGAUUCCAAGAACGGACGCGGUAACUCGCGCGUUGUCUUUCGCACAUCCGGCAAUCUGCGCCUGCUGCUCAACACAAAAGUCUGGGCUGCCAUGGUGGCGGAGCGAGCCAGUCAGAAGUCCCUUCGACUCACAGCCAUCGAUAAUUCGGGUGCCGUAAAGAUCUUUCUGGCGAUGGGCCGUCCGGCAGACAUAGCCCAGCUGCACAAGGCCCUCAGUGAGCGGAUUGCGCAGCGUAAGAUUUCGCAUCCCGAGGAGUGCUCCGUGGAAGAGACGAAAAACGGUGUAGGCUCCGAUUCAUCCGCCAGCCUGCAGCCAGAGUCGACGACCCACGACGAUGAGGAUGAGGAGGGUGCUACAGGUGCUGGGCCUGGGCCUGGGCCAGGGCCGUCGAGAACUAUUGCCGCUGAGGCGGACAGCAACGAGCCGAGCCCCAAGAAAGCACUUGUUCAGCCAGACAGCAGUGCCGAUGUUCAAGUGCCUAGGAUUGGACAGGGAGAGGAGGGCAAUGAGGAGGUGGACGCCAAUGCCGAAGCCGAGGCCAAGGAGUCCCUGGAUCAGAAUUAACCGCCGCUUGCUCUUGUUUUUUUUUAUAUAUUAUGAUUCUUACUUGAAAAUCCCACACACACAACAAACCAACCAACCAAUAAUGAUUAAAACGAGCCGUGAAUUAUUAUAAAUUAAUUAUAAUAAUUUAUUAAUAAUUAUCAUUAUUAAAAGUAAAAUAAAUGAAGUGCUGAUUUGUAAACCCGUGAGCAGCGUCUACAAAAGACAUUUAUCCAUUA